GCUGCUUGAAUAAAGAGUGGACUGAUCAAGUCUAUGAAGCGCCUUUGAAAGCAAAAGUCUCAACCACUUCUGCGGGAAGUUGGAUAGACAGAAACCUGUGGGUGAUCUGACUAUCAUGGAGCCUGAGGACUUUGAUUCCGAGGAAAAAGAGAUGUUAAGCUGGGAUAUUAAUGAUAUGAAGCUGCCACAGAACGUGAAAAAGACCGACUGGUUCCAGGAGUGGCCAGAUUCCUACGAGAAGCACAUCUAUAGCUCAGAGGACAGGAAUGCGCAGCGGCACCUGAGCAGCUGGGCCAUGCGCAACACCAACAACCACAACUCGCGCAUCCUCAAGAAGUCCUGCCUGGGCGUGGUGGUGUGCAGCCGUGACUGCUCCGCCGAGGAGGGGCGCAAGAUCUACCUGAGACCUGCCAUCUGCGACAAAGCCCGGCAGAAGCAGCAGAGGAAACGCUGUCCCAACUGUGAUGGGCCUCUCAAGCUGAUUCCUUGCCGAGGCCAUGGGGGCUUCCCGGUCACCAACUUCUGGAGGCACGAUGGACGCUUCAUAUUUUUCCAGUCAAAGGGAGAACACGAUCAUCCCAAACCAGAAACCAAGUUGGAAGCUGAGGCAAGAAGAGCAAUGAAGAGGGCACAGACGGCAUCCUCCUCUGUCUCCUUAAAGCUGAAGGGGAGCCCAGAGACAAAGUCUCUUCCAGGUGAAACACAAAGUUGGGGAAGUUUACCUUUAACUUGGUCUAUCCAGGAAGGCAUCCAAUUGCCUGGUAGUUACGGUGGACGUUUAAUAGCUAACACUCCCCAGCAGAAGUCACUGAAUGAUUCCUUAUUCUUCUCCAAGAGUUAUUGUUUGGGGGGAACCACUGAUCUGGUAGACCCCGCUUCUACCUUGGGCCCCACUAAACUCUAUGAGAAAUGCAAAUUGUCCAGUAGUUGGAUUUAUAAUAGUGGGGACCUGCUUCAUCCUGUUUCUGGAGUCUUCUCUGACUACGAUGAUCGGCAAACAUGGAAUAAAAACACU